AUGCUUAUGGUGAAGAUCAUGGUGCAUGUGUAUGGGACAGCAAAGACACCGCGAUAUACGGUGCUCAUUGAUGACAAUGACUUCACUAUGGAUGACCUAGAAGGCAUUACGUACUCGCUGUGCUUUUGUCAUCAGAUUGCAACACUAACCACUUCUGUGCCUACGCCACUCUAUGUGGCUGGAUUAUAUGCAGAUCGAGGGCGUCGUAUGCUCUAUCAGUGGAGGUUAGCGUGUUUUUCUUUUCGCGAUUCGCUGCGAGGUAUUCAUAUUUGGUUUUCGGAAUUUAAGCUGAUACAAGUGUUUCUAUAG